AUGAUAAACAAAACAAUCAUGGCAGAAUUUGUCCUUCUGGGAUUUGCCAAUCUUCGAGAACUACAGAUUCUACAUUUUGUUCUCUUUCUUUCAAUUUAUUUAGUGGCUUUGAUGGGAAACGUCCUCCUAAUUGCAGCCGUAGCCCAUAGUCACCACCUUCACAGCCCCAUGCAUUUCUUCUUGGUCAACCUUUCCAUGGUUGAUGCCUGCUACAUUUCAACUACAAUUCCCAAAUCCAUGGUCAAUUCUUUGAUGGACAGCAAGCAGAUUUCAUUCUCCGGAUGCAUCACUCAGGUUUUCCUGGUGAUUAUGUUCUCUAGUGCUGAGCUGUUUCUUCUCACUGUCAUGGCUUAUGACCGCUAUGCAGCCAUCUGCCACCCUCUACGAUACCAGCUGAUCAUGAACUGGAAUGUUUGCUUCCAAAUGGCAGCUGCUUCUUGGAUCACCUCUGUCACCAUUGCAGUAGUUUAUACAGUGGACACAUUUUCAUUAGAUUUCUGUCAGUCCAACGUCAUUGAACAAUAUUUCUGUGAUAUCCCUCAGUUAUUAAAGAUAUCUUGUACAGAUACAGUGCCUUUUCAAAGCCUAAUUUUUGCCGGUAUCCUUAGCAUAGGUUCAUUUUGCUUUACAAUCAUAUUUGUUUCCUAUGUUUACAUCUUCUCUGCUGUGUUCAAGAUUCAGUCAGCCCAAGGCAGACAAAAAGCUUUCUCUACCUGCACUCCCCACUUGACAGUCUUUUGUUUGUUUUUCUUCACUGGUUCUUUUUCAUAUGUGAGGCCCAAAGCCUUGUCAUCUCCAACUGUGGAUUUGUUGGCUGCUGUUCUGUAUACAGCUUUGCCCCCAGUCAUGAAUCCUAUCAUCUAUAGCUUGAGAAACAAAGAUAUCCAGUUGGCUCUGGGCAGAGCCAUGACUAUUUUUUCUUGCACUUCCAAGGUGGGCUUUAAAGAAAUGGAUUGGAAACAUUGA